AUGGUGAGCUUGAUUCUCGUGGAAAUACAUCCACCGAUACGAAGUUCUCCAAUCAAAGAUGUUGAUCGAAGUUCAACCUCUAACAUUUUCUUGUGUUUACCCCGCGAGAUCCUUGAAAACAUACAUUCACAUAUCAUGCAUUAUAUCAUGACAGGUUUUCCCCUUUCAGGUUUCCUUAUUCUCCUACUGUUUAUUUCAGUAGAGAUGGCUCUAGAGAGGACUGUCAAAGAUAUCCAGGCUCAAAAUGCUCAACUUCAAGAAAUGUUCUUGAACCUGUCCAAGGGGCAGGAAGAAGUGAAAGCUCUCCUCACAAGGGGCAUGGUCCUGGGGAAUCCAGGGGGCAUCAGAAAUGAUCAGUUGGAAGGACUACAAAUUGAGUUGGCAACGAUGAAAAUCCAGAUGAUGGGACAACUGGUGGGCCAGAUGUCUCUCAUUCAAAACCUGGCUCAAGGACAAGAGAAGCUAAAGGUCCUCAUCAACAAACUGCUUCAAGAUGGAUGUAACCAAGUGGGGCAAACAACUAGGGUUGAAAAUCAAGUCAUCAUUCAGCCUCCUUUGAGACAAGAAGCCAAGGGAAAAUCUCCCCAGUGUGCUUCAGGGUCACAAGCCCAACAACAACCUCGCUAA